AUGGCGCUGAAGAAGCCAUCACCAUUCAGUUUGCCUGAGAGCAAUCACCUCACAGACUUGUACCGAAGAGAUGAGACCAUCCGGGUGACAGGCAACGGCCAUGUACAGAGUCCUCGCUUCCCCAACAGCUACCCCAGGAACCUGCUUCUGACCUGGCGGCUCCAUUCCCAGGAGAAAACAAGGAUACAGCUAGCGUUUGACCAUCAAUUUGGAUUAGAGGAAGCAGAAAAUGAUAUCUGUAGAUAUGAUUUUGUGGAAGUUGAAGAUCUAUCAGAAACCAGUACUGUCAUUAGAGGACGAUGGUGUGGACACAAAGAAGUUCCUCCAAGGAUAACAUCAAGAACAAACCAGAUAAAAAUAACUUUCAAGUCUGAUGACUACUUUGUGGCAAAACCUGGAUUCAAGAUUUAUUAUUCUUUCGUGGAAGAUUUUCAACCUGCAGCAGCCUCAGAGACCAAUUGGGAGUCAGUCACAAGUGCUAUCUCAGGAGUAUCCUAUCACUCUCCAUCAGUAACGGACCCCACGCUCACUGCGGAUGCUCUAGACAAGACAAUUGCAGAGUUUGAUACUGUGGAAGACUUGCUCAAGCACUUCAAUCCAGAGUCAUGGCAAGAAGAUCUUGAGAAUUUGUAUCUGGACACCCCUCAUUAUCGAGGCAGGUCAUACCAUGACCGAAAGUCAAAAGUGGAUCUGGACAGGCUCAAUGAUGACGUCAAGCGUUACAGUUGUACUCCCAGGAAUUACUCAGUCAACCUCAGAGAGGAGCUGAAGCUGUCCAACGUGGUCUUCUUUCCACGCUGCCUCCUUGUGCAGCGCUGUGGAGGAAACUGUGGCUGUGGAACUGUCAACUGGAAGUCCUGCACGUGCAGUUCAGGGAAAACUGUGAAAAAGUAUCACGAGGUAUUAAAGUUUGAGCCUGGCCAUUUCAAGAGGAGGGGCAGAGCUAAACACAUGGCUCUCGUUGACAUCCAGUUGGAUCACCACGAACGGUGUGAUUGUAUCUGCAGCUCAAGACCACCUCGAUAAAAGAAUGUGCACAUAACCUUAAGCAUGAAAGAAACUUUAGUUUAAGGAGAAUGCAGUAAAGGGCUCUUUGCCCCACCAGCCAAACUUGCUACUAGCCUGCAAUGCAAUAAAUACAAGAGGUUGCUGAGGUGACCUAGCUUUGUUAGUGCCAUGGCAAGUAGAAAAGUGUAUCAUCAGCUUCUAUAUCUCAGAAUAUAGGACUGCAUUUAGUAGUAGAAUAUAAGGAUGUAUAUGUAUACACAGAUACAUACAUAUAUCUCCAUGUCUAUGUGUAAAUAGAUCAAAUGGUUUAUGUAGGAUAUAUAACCAGGUACACCAGAGCUUACAUAUGGUUGAAUUGUUUAGACUCCUCCCAAAAUAAGGAAUGUGUCAAAUAUAUGACAUAUCUCUUUAGGAAAUUCAAAAGAUGAUUUAUUUUUAAAUUUCUAAUCAGAAAACAUUUUUGGAUCUUAGUCUUUUCAAGAAAGCAUCUUGUACAUUAAGAGCCAAAAGAUGAGCUUUUCUUAAAUAUAUGCCUUAAUU